GCUCUUGUGGCGUGCUUACUUGAAGGAAAGAAAAUAGAAUUCGGUUGGGUUGGGGCAAAGACUAUCCCUGGUCGUGGCAAACGUCUUUCGGUUUUCACGGUUGAGGGCAGCACAACAAAGCAGGAUGUCUGUGGAUCCGAUGGCCUACGAGGCCCAGUUCUUUGGCUUCACACCACAGACGUGCCUGCUGAGGAUCUAUGUAGCAUUUCAAGACCACCUGUUUGAGGUGAUGCAGGCUGUGGAGCAGGUUAUCCUGAAGAAGCUGGAGAGCUUCCCGGACUGUGAGAUUAGCCCUGUCCAGAUUCGUGAGUGCACAGAGAAGUUUCUUUGCUUCAUGAAAGGACGUUUUGAUAAACUUUUUGGCAAAAUGGAGCAGCUAAUUUUGCAGUCGAUUUUGUGUAUUCCCCCAAACAUCCUGCUUCCUGAAGAUAAGUGUCAGGAGACACACCCUUUCAGUGAAGAAAAAUUCCAGCUUCUCAAACAGGAAAUCGGAGAGUUACAGGAGAAGUAUAAAGUUGAAUUACGCACUGAGCAGGCCCUUCUUGCAGAAUUAGAGGAGCAAAAAACUGUUCAAGCCAAACUCAGAGAGACCUUGACUUUCUUUGAUGAGCUUGAAAACAUUGGCAGAGAUCACGGAACUAGUAACUUCAAGGAGAGUUUGCUGUCCCUGGUCCAGAACUGCAGAAAACUCCAGAACAUUAGAGACAAUGUCGAAAAAGAAAGCAAAAGACUGGAAGCAUGGUAGUUUCUCUAGU